AUGAAGCGUGUUUUUACUUCCCUGACCCGGCGUGCCAGUAACUCCUCCUCUGCGACGACGUAUGCCGAUGAUUCGCCCGAAGCUGUCAUCCUCCGGGAAGUGGCUGCAUUCUGCGACUCCGGAAAUAGCAACUCUGAAGGUACAGACUAUGUCCAUCUCCCUGCCAUCGUCGAAAGUGCCGAAUCAAGUCCCAAUGCCGCCAAAGAGGCCGCCCAUCGCAUUCGCAAGAUCCUCUCCGACCCGGUCAAAACCCCCGGACACAUGCAAUACAAUGCCAUCAUGUUGGUUCGGAUCCUCAUCGAUAACCCAGGCCACACAUUCGCGCGCAAUCUGGAUGCCAAGUUCACGUCGACGGUUAAGGAUCUCCUCCGGCAGGGAAGGGACAUGAAUGCACAACAGUUCCUGCGCGAGACGCUGGAGUUCAUGGAGACGCAGCGGUCGUGGGAUGAGGAUCUGGCAACGCUCGUGGCUAUGUGGAAGAAGGAGAAGGAACGAUACAACAAGGCGCGUACAUUCUUGUCGCAGCAGCGAAGCCAGAAUCACUUUGGUGCACCUCGUCCCGCUCAUGGGACGAUUCUACCCCCGCCAGAUGAGCUAGCCGCGCGUGUUGAAGAAGCCAGGAACUCAUCCAAGCUGCUCCUCCAAAUCGUUCAGUCGACGCCACCGGCUGAGAUUCUCGAGAAUGAAAUCAUCGCGGAAUUCUCUCAUCGGUGCCAAACCGCGUCCCGUGCCGUCCAGGCAUAUAUCAAUUCGACUAACCCGGCGCCGGACGAGGACACGCUCUUGACGCUGAUUGAGACGAAUGAUGAAAUCUCGGUGGCAUUGUCCAAGCACCAGCGGGCUGUUCUCAACGCCCGCAAAGCCUUGGGUAGUGCGAGUAGCCAGUCGCCUGUCGAGUCUGGCGAAGUUGCGGCAUCGAGUGCCAAUGCACGGCCAGUUCCGGCUCCUCCUCUACCGCAAAGGGAUAUGUCUGUUGCUCCGGAGCUAUCUUCACCUGUCCCUGCGCCCGUUCCGGCUCCUGCAUUUGCACCUGUUCCUUCACCUGUCCCUGCACCCGCAACCGCGCCAGACCCCACUGCAAAUACGAGCACUGGCCCCGGCCGGUUUGAAUAUCGAUCGGAAGACUUCCAAGUCCAGAACCCCUUCGCAGACAACCAUGGAAUUUAUGGCACGCCUUCGCACUAUGAAGGAAAUCAGCAGACCAAUACGUACGGGGCAAACGGACCAAAUGGGCAGUGGCAGCAAAAUACCGAACGAACUGUUUAA